AUGUUUUGGAUAUUUUAUUUAUUAAGAUUAGUCCAAUCAACGUGUUCAUACAGCAAUUUUGACUAAUUCUAAUUGAAGAGCGACAGUUUUUAUCAAGAAAAGAAUUAUGUGAGAGGAAAUCCAUACGCAUUUGGUGUAUGGACUUAAUAGGCUCCACUUAGAAAAAACUUUUUUGGCGACAAAUCAAAACCAUAUUUUGAUUCCACCCGUAGUCUUGAUGGAUUUCAUAUUCUAAAUUUUCAAAGUGGAGGUAGAAUACAAACAUUGUUCUAUUAAUAGCCAGUUUAUGUUACUAGAUACCCAACAUUAGUUGUUUUAUAAAAUACAUAGUCUGGGGUCUUGUCCUAUACGAUUCAGUAAGGACUUUUUUAUUAUGAGGGAUAUUGGGUUUUUACCUAUUUUAGUUUUAACUAUGAUAACAAAUACAAUUUUGCAUCAUAUAAUACAGGGGAUUAACGAUUUUCGAAUUUUUUGAUCACAAAUAGAAAAUUGUAAACAUAAACAACAAGUGCUAAAUUAGAACAUGGAGGUUAGGGAUUAUAUGUCAUAGGAACUAGUAGUUACAAUUUAAAUUUAUUUUUGGGAAGGAUUUCGAUAAUAACUACAUUUGAAAGUUCAAUUACUUUUUUCUAAAAUACUGAUAAAGCAAAAUUUUAAUAAUUUAUUUAAAAUUGCUAAGUUCCUUCAUCAUGUUAAAAACCUGUAGAAUUAUAUUUUUUUAAUGAAACCUAUAACUCAUAUAAUUAUACUACCAGCAAUUAUUAAGUUGAUAUUCCAGGUUUAAUCUAUAAGCUUGAAUUUUGGAUGAAGAAAGAUUCUUAGAAAAUAAACUCACAAUUCGAGUUCGUUAUAUCUUUUGGAGGUAGUUUUUCAAAUUUAGAUAAAUUUUACUAAUUAUUAUUUUAUUGGAAAGUUGUAAAUUAAGAUUUGUAUUUAUAACAUCAAUUAGAUAUUUAUUAUUUAGUACCUGGUGAAUUGAAAACUGAUUAUAGUUUUUCUGACUCAUUAUAUUUUAUUAAACCUCUAAAAAACUUUUAAUAAUGGAGUUAUUUUAAAUAUUAAUUUUGGAAGGUUGGGUAAUCUCAAUUAGUUUUCCUUUCAUUGUAUUAAUCUUGCUGUGACACAUGGGAAUAUAUUGAUAUGUUUGAUAUUCCUUAUUACCAAUAAUAUUCGAAUUAUUAGGCCAUAAUAACAAUAUUCACAUAAUAGAUAGAUGUAAACGUACUGCCUUUUGAAGGUUUCAUUUCAAAUUUAAAAUUUACAUAUUGUUAUAAUCUCGAAUACGAAUUUGGAAAAGAUUCAAACCUAAGUAUAUCUAGCACUAUAUAUUGAUAGAUUGCAAUGCACUAUGUAAAACUUGUACAGGGCCUACUGAAUAUGAUUGUGCAUCCUGUUUUGAUGAAUAAAAUAGAUACUUGUAAACUGAUAUUCAUAAAUGUUACUGUAAAUCUAACUAUGAGGAAUCAGGUGGUUUAAUAUGUUAAAGUAAUACAUUUCUAUGAUUUAGAAACAUUUUUAAGCUCUAUUUCCUAGUAAAAAGAGUUAUAUAAAGAGUACAAUAUAAUUGAGAUAUAGAACAACAAUAAGUGCAGUUAUGGCUAUUUUGAAGUCUGGAAGGAAUUGAAAUUCUUGGGAUGCAUUAUAUGGUAUUUAUACUUUUAAUUCGAAGCCCUUAUUUUGGCCAAGGUCAUAAUUCAGUAAAUUGUAUUAAUUGUAUAAUGAAUUCUCACAUAUGGUAUUUAAAUCCAAUCUGUAAAAUUGAUUACAGAACUGAUGACUCUGUAUUCUAUUACAACCAAUAAUUAGAUUAUCAAUCCUAAGAAAUAUUUAUAAUAAAUUUUGAUUUGAUGGUAACAGAAUAGUGUUCUGGAUGUGAUUAUAUUAUUGAAACGAAGAAUUCACAAUCUAUUAUUGUAAAUGUGAAUGGAUUAACUACCUAUUAUCAAUGCAAAUAGUAUUUAUACCCUAAGAAUAAUUCUUGCAAGUUAUGCUAAAUCAAUUGUAUUAAGUGCAAAGAUGAAGAUAAUUGCAUAAAGUGUGAUUAAGGCUUUUAUAUAAAAAAUGAUCAUUGUUAUCAAUGUUCUUAGGGGUGCUUGUCAUGCAUUUUAGAUGUAAACUAAGAGUCAGUAAAAUGUUUAGAUUGUUAACUAGGAUACUCUUUAAUUAAUGAUAAUUGUUAAAAAUGUGGUGAUCUUUGUUAAAUUUGUUAAAAGAAAUUGAACAAUAAUAAUGGAUAAGAAUAUAUGAAGUGUAUAAAAUGUAAUUAUAAUGCUUAUAUUUCUCUUGAUGGGGAAAGCUGUUACUUUAAUAAUUUAGAUCAUUGCAUAUACCCUUUUCAAUUUUCUGUUUAUUCUAAUGAGAUAAACACUAUUUAUUUUGAUUUUUAACCUUAAGAAUCUCAAUAUAUUAAAACUGGUUGUACCUACUGCUCGGCUGUCUCGCUAUUAGAUAUUGGCAAUAAUUUGUUUACUUGUGCUCCUUUAGAUUUGGAUUAAAUUUAGAGUGGAUGCUAUUAAUCACUCGUAAUAUCUGGGGUUAGAGUUUGUUCUAUUGGUAUCGAUAACUUAAUGAUAGCUGGAAUUGGCUAUUGCAGUCAUUUGAUUCCAAACUGCCUUUUUUGUUAUUAGAAUAAUUGGGAAGAUAGUUAUAUAUGUUUUAUAUGUGAAGAUGGUUACUAUAAUGAUUAUUAUACAAGUGUUUGCAAGCCAUGCAAUCCAGAAUGUGCUAAAUGCAUUUAAAUUGAUUCUUCCAAAAUAGUAAAGCCACCUGUAAUGCUAUUUUUUCUUGCUAUAACAAACGACUCAUCACCUUAUUCGCUUAUUACUCAAAACCCUAAUAAGAAUGAUAUUGAAAUUAUAUGCACUGAAUGUUCAGUGGGUUAUAUUAAACAUUUUGAUAAAUGCAUCCUAAAAUGUCCUAGUAAUUGUAAAGAAUGCAAUAUCAUUGAUUAUUAAUAGAUAUGUAUUUCUUGCAUUUAAUUUAAUGAUUAACAUUACCAUGUUUAUAAUGGUAGAUGUAUUUAAUGUCCUUUAAAUUGUAAUAUAUGCCAUCCAAGAACUGAUGAUGAAAAAUUAAUGAUCAACCCAUAUUUUAAAAAUAUAGAUUUAGAAUAUUUUUCUCAUAAAUGUAUAGCCCCAUUAUAUAAUGACUUAUAUUACGAUUAGGAUAUUCAAUAAUUUAUCAAAUGUGAUAAUAUUAAUAAAUGCUAAAAAGAAAUUGUAAUACAAAUUAAAAUUUAUUGUAAUCAAUUUGAUUUAGAAAACUAUCUCAACUAAUUAAAUGAAGAAUAGAGGGUAAUUUAGAGAAAGUUUCAUAUUCUUUUGGAAAAUCUAGAUUUAUCAGUCUAUGAGUAUUAUGACUAUUUUCUGUAUCUUAAUCAAAACUUUGUGAAGAUAAUUACUUAUUAACUUAAAAUUGUAGAUAACUAACUAUGUCAUUUAAAUAAGGAAUUAAAGAUCUAAUCAAAUUUAUAAACAAAUACUUUUAACUUGAUUGAAUUAAAUUUAAUUUUAAAUGGAUCUGGUAAUAAUCUCUAUUUGAAUAAUCAUUUAUCACUUUCAAAUUUUACUCAUAUAAGAAUUGAAAACUUGAAUCUUCAAAUUGUAAAUGGAAAUAUUUCUAUGGAUAAUAUCAUAGGUUAUACUGUAGAUUUUGAAUCCAUUAAUAUCCAUCAAGAUUAAACUAGUAUAUUAUCAUCAGAGUAUUUAAUAUAAAUUAGUGAAUCUUUUGAAAUUAAUAUUUCAAAAUUAUAAUUACACAAUAUUAAUGCUCAUUUUUUGAAUGGAUUAUUUAUAAUUGCUAAUCAAAAUAUCAAUACUAAACUAAUAGCACAAGAUCUAGUUAUAAACUCUGCAAAUAUUAUCAAUACAUCAAUUAUCAAUUGUAAAACAUCUUAAAAAGUAGAAACUAAAUUAACUAAUUUGCAUAUUUUAAAUUCUUAAUUUACAAAUACUUCUCUUAUUGAGUAAAUUUAUUUUACUGAAAUUAUGAUGAUGGAUAAUCUUAUUUUUGAAAAUUCAGUUCUAUUAAAUACUAUGAGUUUUAUAAAUUUUGAAUAAACUUAAAAAGUUGAAUUAAAUGGAUUUUAACUUUUAGAUUCAACUUUAUAAAAUUCAAAUUUUUUAUCAAGCUCUAAAAUUCUGUUUUUGAUAGAAUUUAAUUUAUAAAAGCUCUUAUUUCUAGAAUAAUCCACAUUAAUAAUAAAUCAAAACUAGAUAUUUCUUGAAUAAAUAUAAAUAAAAAAUGGUAAGAUCAUAGAUAAUGUUUACUCCAACAAACAUGCCUUAAUUCUUUUAUUAAAUUCGGAAGCUGUUUAUCUUAAUAAUAUAGAAUUUAUCAACAAUGCUAUUAAUAUUGAUAAUUAAAAUUAAUCUCUUGUUAAGAAUAUUGAAUUAUCCCUAAUCAAUAUUGAAUCUAAAAUUGUUAUAUUUGAUACUUUAAUGAUUGAGAGAGGAAUAGGCUACUCUGAAUUUACUAUUAAAAAUACAAAUACCUUUAAACUAAUGAACAGUGUAAUAACUUUGCAUUAAAAGUAUUAUUUUAAGAGUCUAUUUAAUAAUGAAGAGUGUAAUUUUCAACCAUUUAAUUAUUUUAUGUACAAUAAUUUAAUAAAUUUAUAAAAUAUCUCUAUUAUUUAUGUUUCAAAUACCAAAAUCACUGAUAUUAUAUUAUAUGAUUCAGUUUUAUUUGAAAUUCAAAUGCUUGAAUAAAUUAGCUCAUAAUUUGUGUUUAUCAAUUGUAAUUAUUCCUCUAACAUUUUGCAUCAAGUAAAUAAACAUGAAAAAGUAUCUUUAAUCUCAAUUAAUUCAAAUUAUUACUUAAAUUUGAAUAUAACAGAUGUUACUUUUUCCUCUAAUUUAAUAAAUUUAUUAAAAGAAAGUAAUCCUUAAAAACAAAGCUUGAUUUUAUUAGUGGAAGCAUAUUAAGCUACAAGUACAGUAAGUAAUUGCUUAAUCUAAAAAAAUAUGAUUUUGAAUGGUCAAGGAUCUCUUAUGUAUAUUGACUCUGACUUAAUUAUUUUGGAAAAUACAAAGUUUUAUCAGAAUUCAGCAUUUGUGUAUGAUACAUUAAAGUAAUUCCUCAGAUGGGGUUUGGCAGAAGAUAUCUUUUUAGAAGAUUUAUAGAAUUUAUAUCUUAGUUCUAGCAGUGGAGGAAAUGGAAAUUUUUAAACCCGAUAGAUUGUAUUAAACAAGAUUUCAUUAUAAGACUCUAUAUCAAUCAAAGGUGCUGCAUUUGUAAUAAAAAUGAUUGAAGAUGGAAAUAUACAGAUUAAAGAUUCACACUUUGAAAAUUUGUAAGCUGAAUUAAUUGAAUCAUCUUCAGGAGGAGCUUUUCAUAUCUAAUCGUAAUCAUUAUAUUUAAGAAUCGAUGUUAUUAAUUCUGUAUUUCUAGAUAUAUCCUCCAGAACAGGAGGUAGCAUAUUUUAUAUUAUACCUUCAACAAAAUUAUUCAAGAUCUCUUUACUCAGCUCUACAUUUGAGAACAUUUUUUCAAUCUAAGGAGGCCUAAUAUACCUGGAAAAAUCUAUCCAUUAAUUAUAAAUUUUUCAGAUGAAUUAAUGUAAUUUAUCUUAAAAUUUGGAUAAAUUUUAUGCAUUUAUCAAUUCAUUACAGGAAUUAUCAAAUACUGAACUCACAACUUUAACAUAAAAAUAUUCACUGAUUUAUUGUUAUGAUUGCUAAUUUUAAAUAAGAGAUUUAUUUGUAACAAAAUAUCCACCAACACCCUUGUUCUAAUUAUAUGGAAGUGCAAAUCUCAAGAAUAUCUCUAUACAAAAUAUUAUUUUUUCGAAUCAAUUAAUUCUAUUUUCUCCUGUAGGAUAAUCUGAUUAAAUAAUUUUGCAUAAUAUAGAGUUUUACAACUGCACACAAAUACAGAUUACUGAGAUCAAUAUUCCUUUAAAAAGAAAUGCAAAUUUUUUAAAUAGUACUUUAAGUACAAUUUGUAACGAAAAUUUGAAAGAAGCUCCUUCAACUAUUACGAGGUUUAAUGAAAGUUUUUCUAAUAUUAAUCAAAUAACACUUUUGGAAACUUUAUUAUCUUAGAUACAAUCAUCAACGGCAGCUAUGAUAAUAUUUUAAUUUACGGAUUCAUAUCAAUAACAAAAAAUAAAGCUUUCUGAUAUUAUUUUUUAGAACAAUAAAUGCACCAAGUGCUCAAAUGGUCUAUUAAAUUUUAAGAAUAAUAAGAAAAUAUCUAUAAUUAUUUCAAAAAUGGCUAUAUCUAAUUCGUAUUGUGGGAAAAAUGGUUGCAUUUCUUUUAUUUCUUAAGAUAACCGCAUUCUUUAAAGUUAAGAUUCUAAUGUAUCCAUAGCAAAUUCUGCUUUUAGAAUUGAGGAUUUGUAAUGCAUCAACAAUUAAGCUUAAUACGGAGGUUGUUUGUUUCUCUAAAAUUAAAUCAUUUCAAUUAUCAAGAGUUUGAUAUCUGGUAAUAAGGCAGUAUAUGGAGGUGCAAUUUUUACAAAAGGGAUUAAUUCAACAUUGAUAUUAGAGAAUGUAGUUAUCACAAAUAAUUCAGCUUAAUUUGGAAGUGGAAUCUAUAGUGAAGACAACUUGAAUAGAAAUGUUAAAGGAAUAGAGAUAAUUGAUAAUUAAGGAAUGAAUUAAAUUGGUGAACAGGCUUAAUAACUCUAUUUAUAAAUUUUUAAAGACUAAAUAAUAAAACCAACAAUAGUGUAAAAUUCUUAAUAUGCUCAAAAAUUUUAAAUCUUAGGCAAAGAUGGAUAAAAUUCAAUUAUUCAUAUACCAACUGGAAUUCCUUUAUCAAAAUACAGAAAAUUUGAAAUAGAAAAUAAUAGAUAUAAUUAUCAAACUAUGCAAAUGAGAUUAUACGCAGUUAACUCAUAAUUAGAAAUUGUCAGGAAUCUUACAAAUACUUUUUGUGAAUUACAAAUUAAUAACAUGAACAGUAGUUAAAAACAGAAUUUAUCAUUAAAUACAAAUAAAAUUUUAUUUAAUUAAUCAACAUUGUCCUAUAAUUUAGAUGAUUUAAUAUUUUACAUUCCUUCAGAUUCAAAUUAAACUUUUGAACUUUCUAUUAAAUGUAAUAGUAUUUAUAUUCCAAUAAUAAACAAUAAAAAUAAUUUAAUAGAGGGGUAUUUUUAUAUUUAAAAUUAGAUAUCACUAGAACUAUGUUUUGAGUCUAUUGAUAAAGCCAAAUGAGUGUUAAAUGGGAGAAUACAGUUAAUCAAAAGAGGAUUAUUGUCAUUAAUGCAUAGUAGAUUAGAAAUAAUAUUCUGUAAUUGUAGGAGCUACUAGUUGCCAAAUUGUAGAUGAUUAAAAGAUUUAGGAUUUAACCUAAGCUUAAAUAUUUUUAAAAAAGGUAUUCUAAUUUCUUUUUAUAUUAGGGUUAUUGGAGAAGGAAAGUGACUACUUCUACUAUAGACUUGUGCUUAAAUAAUCAGCAAAAUUGUAUUGGAGGAUGGGGAUUUGGAAAUGAAUUAUGCUAACAGGGCUAUCUAGGGGCACUCUGUGAAUAGUGUGAUUAUUAUGACGAGAGAGGAGGAGGAAAUUACUAAAGAGAAGGUUUUUUUGAUUGUUAAAUAUGCUAAAAUGAUGACCUAAAAUAGCAAUUUAAUUACUUAAUCUCAAUUUUGAUGUAAAAAUAUUAUUAAUUUAAGAUUUGCAUGUCUACUCCGAAUAAUUUAUUAUUUGUCUAAAAAAAGACUUUAAUCUAUUCGUUUAAAUAUAAAUCAGUUUAAGGAAUCUUUUAGAUAGAGCAUUUUUAAGAAAGAAGAAAUCCUUAUGGGUUAGAGCAUUAAGAUUAUAUUGUUCUAUUUUUAAAUUAUCAGUUUUACAUAAGAAUUAUCUCCUGUAUUUUCUGAAUAAGUCUAAUAGUUAAUUCAUUUUCUAGGAGAUCCCUUUACAUUGUUAGGAAUAUAUAAAGAAUGUUAAUUAAUAAACUUUGAAGUUAGUGUAAUUUACUUAUAAUUCUUAGAAAAUUUAAUAUGUUUGCUGAUAUUGAUGACGAUUUUUUUCUGUUUUAGUUUGGCUAAGAUUUAUAUCUCAAAAUAAAAAAACACCAAGAUGGAAUUAUUUAAUUUCAUAUAUCUAAUAUAUGUCUUCAUUAUAGGAAGUUUGAUACGAUCUAUGAUUCAACUUAUAGCUUUUAGAGAUAUUUAAGAUGUAUAUUGGAUUUACAAAAACAUUUCUUAUGAUUACUCAAAUCCCAAUCAUCUUAGACUAGUAUUUUUCUUAUUUUUACCUACUGUGAUUUGCUUAGGGGUUGUUUUACCUUAUUUAUUACUACAAAAGUCAAAGUCAGUCUUAUUUUUAUAAAAACCAGUUGCUUUUAAAAACUUUGGAUUCUGGUUUGCAUCCUACUCAAAAAAUCAUCCCCAUUGGGAAUUUUAUAAAUUGUUAUUGGUUAAUGGAUUAAUAUGCCUAAUCAUCAUGAUAGAUGCAAAUACUACUAUAAAAGGAGCAUUAUCUUAUUUUCUACUAAUCAUUUAUACUAAAGUCUGUUAAGACAAUGAUAUCUAUUAUCAGAAGUAAAUGAAUAAAUUUGAAAGUUAAUUAAAUAUAAUCAGUAUCAUAAUCUUAAUCUUGUGCACAUUGUUUUCAAUAUAGGAAAAUUAAGGAUCCAUAUUUAAAAAUAUAAUUUUGAUUUUCAUUAAUUUUAUCUUUAUUUUGAGUGGAGCGUUUAUGAUUCGACAUUUAUGGAAAUUGAAUUCCUUCUAUUUAAGAAGGAUGCUAUGUAAGGGAUUUGAAAGAUUAGGAAAAUUUAAUAAGAUAUUUAUUAAGUAUAACGUUUUCUAAGCUCAUUCAAACAGUUCCAUAAAAUUAAGAAAUAAGAGAUUUGAAUUAUUAAAAGCUUUUUUAAAACAAUAAAGCAAAACAUAAUUAUCAAUUAAAAAGGAACAAUAAAGCUCUCAAGAAUGGAAUUAAACUUAAAAAAUAUGA